CCGCAUUUCGCAUCCCCCACACACGAGCGCUCUGUGCGUCCAUCAACACACACACACAGACAUGCUCACACACUUUGCACCGGGGCAGUCAUGUCGCCGCGGCAGGUUUGUUGUGACUUCCGAGGCGGGACGACCUCCGCCGCGUCACGUGAUGGCCCUUGUCGCCAUGAUGGUGGUGCUGGUGGUGGUGGUGUGCUUUCCAGCCGGUGACGUGCUGUAGUCGAUCGGCCCGCUCAUUUGCAGUAAGCGGCCUCUCUGGCUGCAUCCCACACUUAUCCCUCGCGUCCUCUGUCAGCUUUACCAUGUCCUGGUCACUCACACGCCACCACCUGCACACAGACAGUGAUGACCUCUUUCUUGACGAGGUAUCACUGACUUGGUUGGGGGCUUUGGUCUUUCGAUGCUGAGGGAUUUGAAUGUCUUCUCGCGCAGCUCGUCGCUCUCGCGCCGAUCUCUCACGGUGGGUGUGGCAGCCACAAAGGCGUCGGCAAUCUCCCGGUACCUGCACCCGUUCGUGGACAAGUAGGUGGAUCAACAAAUGUGUCUCCAUCCCUCCCUUACUGGUAUGGCCCACCUCUGCAUUUCCGAGUUGUGCUCUCGCAUCUGUCCCAUGUACUCCCUUUUCCUUCUUAUGUAGGCCGCCUGCAGCACAGACACACAACACAACAGCACCGAAUACUACAGCAGCAUCAAGCCUCUGUCCGGUCACCUGCAGCGCGCUCUCCCGGGCUUUCGGCGGAAGAGGCGCAUGCAGGGCGUCGAUCUUCAUGGCGACAGAGGCGUGCAUCUUCUCGUGCUCGGUUCCUGCGUGUAUGGUGUGGAUUCUGGCGGGGCCGCCCUUCCCGUUGCCCUCUCCUCCGUGUGGCUCGUGGUGGUCAAGUGUCGGGGCCCGCUGGCGGUCCUCUCUUUCCUUCUCCUUUUUGCGGAUGGCGGCCUGACACACAACGAAUGCAUCUUCUCGUCACUAGACGGUCAGCCAGUGCAUGCAGGCCCUGUCUCUAGGCGAGUGUCUCACCCAAGCCCUUUUCCGCUCAUAGUCCACCAUGGCCGCCUCCACACGCAUCCUGAACAAACCGAAGACACCCAUCCUCUCGUGUGUGCUGUGGUGACGUGUCUCCUUCCCAAGCUGGCCCGCCUCACUCACCAUGUGUGUCUCAUCUGAUCGAUGCGGCAUGCCCGCAUCACACUGCAGAAGCGGAGCUCCCGUUGAAGCAAAGCCACGCUUGCAAAAACAGGGAGAGGAAGGUGAUAUUCAGGCCGCUGGCAGAGGCCAGCCAAAUGGGUUUGUGACUCGCAUCGCGUACGUGCGAUGCAUUCGCUUGCUGCCGUGAUAGAAUGCGUGCCACAGCCUGUCCCUUCGCAGGGAUAACACAAACAAAACCGCCCCCACACACGAUUCCCUAAAGCGCCGCUGGUACGUGCCCUCCAAAGUCUGCACGCACCACAGACAGACAGACAGACACCGAAGCGACACCGUGUCUCUGCUUGCACAGGCCUCACCUGCAUGGCAAGAAUGGCAACCAUCCACGUCAACCAAGAGCACUCGAACUUUCGAGCCACCCGAGUGUCGCUCCCUCUGCGCCAGCUCCUCACAGCAAGAGAUAAGAGACCCGAAAACCUCCUCAGAAAGGCCGUGUGGCGCCUGCAGCCAGCAUGACCGACAAAUCGAGCUGACUGAUUUGCUGUGUGUACCUCAUAAUUUCUUCCAGGAAGAUCCCAUGCACAGAAGCGACAAGGAAGUCUUUGUCGGGCUCAUGGAAUAACUGAGGGCCCAAAUCCUCCCCACUGACACUCCGCCGCGCCCUGCCCGGCCCCAACAGACGCUCUCUCAACACGUUCAUAGGCAGCAAAUGGUCUCCUGUCGCCUCGAGAUGCCUUAUCUCUUGCCCAUACAGUGCCCUCAGGCCGAUUCCCCUGUCCCCACCCACCACCUCCUGAUGUCUCCUCCAGAACUGAGCCAGCCGAUAGAGCCGCUCCUGUCUCCUCUGCGCCCUCUUGCGCAGCCUGGCAUCCCACAGACGCUGGAAAAGGAUGUCCUGCUGCAUGCGGAUCCGCUGUGCUCGUGCCUUGGGCUGCAUACAGGUGAUGUCUGGGCGGUGUGAUGCUCUCGACUGGGAGGGGGUCGGUUUGGGAGGGCGGGCGUGGAGGGGGAUGUCCUUUGGGAGCUGGUGAGGCAGGUAGUAGUCGCGAGACUUGGCCUUGAACGCCAGUUGUUUGCAGUCGAUUAUCGGGCAGCUUGCGUAGGACACCAUGCGGAGCUCCGGCAGCCUCUCUUCAUCGUUGGCCACCCUGCAUGAUGCAGAUCAACAGAGAGAGACGCUCCUUGCACUGCAUGGCUGGCGUCGUCACCUGUCUUUCGUCUUGAGGAUUUUGGUGCCCAGCACCUUCUGCAGUUUCUUGGUCCCUCCCUCGAGAACGGGCAUGGGCAGGUCAUCCUCAGACCCAUAGCCCCACGGCACCGAUGUCGACGCUCUCCUCGUCUCGGCCCUCUGCACCUUGGCCGGCACUGGCGUAACUGUCUCUUGGGACUCGGGGUGUCUCACCAUGACGCCAUCGAAUAACUGUAGCUGCAUCCUCGCGUGGUGCAUCUGGUCCUGCAGUGCAAGCAGCCCCUCGCUGAAACUCACACGUGUCCCCUCGCGCGACACCAGUCGAGAGCUGCCCUUGGGAGGAAACUGCCUCGAGGCGCCCUUGACAAGGCUGGGUACUAGGGCAGCCUCGAGGGCGCGGCCAGCCUUGUCCAUGGAUGUGGCUGCCUUGAUGUUCCAUUUCGCACUGCCGGAAUAGAUCCCCGUGAGGAGGGCGGGAGUGGUCUUUGUGAUGCGGAGGGUUUGCGUUAGUUGGGUGCCGAGGGAUGCAGUGGGGGAGGAUGCACCGGUGGUGGUGCGGCGGGAAUCCCUCCGCUCAAUGCGGCGGAUCAUGGUUUACGACGAGGCGUG